CGCGGCGCUUUUGCGACAGCGGCGGCCGUAAAGUGCGAGCGGGGCGCCCGGAGGAGCCGCCGGCAGCAUGGACGCCCGCUUCACGCGGGGCAAGUCGCCCAUCCUGGAGCGCCCGCUGAGCCGCCCGCGCACCGAGGUGAGCUUGGGCGCCUUCGCCCUCCUCUUCUCCGAGCUCGUCCAGUACUGCCAGAACCGCGUCUACUCGGUGGCCGAGCUGCAGGCCAAGCUGGCCCGCCUCGGGCGCCAGGUGGGCCUGCGAGUCCUCGACGUGCUCGUGACCCGCGAGAAGGGCGCCCGCCGCGACACCAAGCUCCUCGGCGCCCUCCUCUUCGUCAAGGGGCCCGUCUGGAGGGCCCUCUUCGGCAAGGAGGCCGACAAGCUCGAGCAGGCCAACGACGACGACCGCACCUACUACAUCAUCGAGAGGGAGCCGCUGGUCAACGCCUUCAUCUCGGUGCCGCGCGACAACAGCAGCCUCAACUGCGCCGCCUUCACGGCGGGCCUCGUCGAGGCCGUGCUGGGCGCCGGCGGCUUCCCCGCCAAGGUCACCGCCCACUGGCACAAGGGCACCACCCUCAUGAUCAAGUUCGACGAGGCCGUCGUGGCCCGCGACAAGAGCCUCGAGGGCCGCUGAGGCCGGCGGGCCUCCUGCGCGGGCCUCCUCGGGGAGUGCGGUUGGGGCGGGGGGGGGGGCCGGCGGGUGGUUCCUG